AUGUGUUCAGUGUGACUGCGUUUUCCUUAUGUCUCAUUCGUAAACAACAGAAUACUGCGGGAUUUUGCUUUGUACUUAUUUUUUAUCAGGUAUUCCAGUUUAGCCUUUAUAUUCGUUUCGUUGUGGACGUCUUUCAUUUUGGUUUCCCACCCAAGCUCCAAAACAAUGCGAUUCGCACGGAUAUUUAAGAACCCCAAAUGUAACAUAAUUGGAAUGAUACAUGUGGAUCCACUGCCAGGAACUCCACUGUACAAAGGCAACUGGUCGGAGAUUAUUGACAAAGCUAAGCAUGAAGCCUAUAUUUAUCAAAAAUAUAAAAUGGAUUCCAUUUUAAUAGAAAACAUGCAUGAUAUUCCCUAUGUCCAACAUCAGCAGCUUGGGCCAGAGACAACAUCAUGUAUGACAAGAGUAUGCCAAGAAGUUCGAAAUGUUAUUUCGCACAAAUCAAAAAUUCCUCUUGGUGUUCAGGUUUUAGCCUGUGGCAAUAAACAGGCAUUAGCAAUAGCCAAGGCAUGUGAUCUUCAAUAUAUACGCGCUGAAGGUUACGUUUUUGGUCAUGUCGCAGACGAAGGAUAUACAGAUGCUUGUGCCGGAGAAAUCUUAAGAUACAGGAAACAUAUUGACGCUGAGAAUGUACUGAUAUUCACUGAUCUAAAGAAAAAGCACAGUUCGCAUGCAAUAACUCAAGAUGUUACGCUAUUGGAAACCGCCAAAGCUGCUGAAUUCUUUUUAACCGAUGGAAUUGUAAUAACAGGCAAUUCUACCGGAGAUGCAGCCAAGCCCCAAGAUUUCAAAGAUCUGCAAGGAAAAGUUAAUGUUCCCCUAUUAGUGGGCUCUGGUGUGACUGUCAAUAAUAUCAACGAUUACUUUGAGUAUAUUAAUGCCGCUAUUAUAGGUUCACAUUUCAAAAGGCAUGGACUAUGGUCAAAUGAUCUUUGUGAGAAAACGAUAGAAGCAUUUAUGUCAAAAGUUUUAGAAUUGAAACAAUAAUCGUUGCACACGUUUAAUCUUUAUUGAGAAUUUUAUUUUAUUGUGAACAUGUGAUUUAAGAUAAUGAAAUAAAUAAACCAUGUAUGAAAAACAUUGAGCAUAUAAACUUA